GGUUGGAUGAAGACUCGAUAUUUUCUCUGAGCGUUGCUGACAUUUGGUAAAAGCACUUUGAUAUAUACGAAGCCAUCUUCAGUACCAUGGCUCCUAUCGUCACCGUUGACCAUGGCGAUACCGGCCGAGUGAAUCUCAACCAGGUCGCACCCGAGCUCACAGCUGCCGCCAACGCCGUCGAAGCGCUCAAGGCUGUCCAGGAGAUCGUCAACUCGUUUCUCUCCAACGGCACUCUGCUGGGACAACCCCUUAUCCCGACGCCUGAGCGAAGUCCAGUUCCAAAAUUGGAAGAGUUUGUCGAGGGUGAUGUCGACGACAUUGCGGAAAGAGAGCAGGAGCAGGUAGUAACUGGUGAUGAAGUCAACCUGGCGGAAAAUGUGAUGUCUGAUGGUGACAUGAAUGGAUCUGAGUCUGCUACCGCGCCAACGAGUAUAACCCCGGCCUGCCACCGUGACCUGCAGCCCCCUACCAUUGAAGAACCACCAGCCGCCGACCCCAAGACAGCCCGCCUCCGCCAGCUCAGCGAUCAAAUCAGCCGCAACAUCUCCCUGAUAUCAUCCCCGGACACAACCGACUCGGAUGCCGCCAGCUUGCGCGUCAAGACAGCCACAGCCGCCGCCGAGCUGGCCGGUGCGGUGCGCCCGCCGCCAGACGUCGUCAUGAACCUGUUCGCGACCAUGUCAGUCGUGUCGGCCGUGCGCCUGUUCAUGCACUGGCGCGCCUUCGAGGCUAUCCCCACAGGACCAGGCGAGCAAAUUACCUAUCGUGAGUUGGCAAAGCGCAUUGAUGCGGAGGAGGGACUCGUUACCCGCGUAGGGAACAUGCUCACCUCCUCCUCCAUCCUGUCCUACCACGCCCCUAUUUCAUCUUCACCGGAUGAAUCAGAAUCACCCUCAAUCUCCGUCUCCCACACCCCAACCUCCCUCCUCCUCCUCCCACGCAGCCCUUUCUCAGCCAUGUUCUCCCUUCUGUACACCAACAUAGUCCACACCUCCACCAUCCUGCCCGACUACUUCACCCACUACGGCCGGACGGAACCCAUCGGACCGGCCCACAUCCCAACCUCCUAUCUCGCCGGCCAGCCGGAACUGGAUUAUUUCACAGUCUUGCGCCGCGACCCGGCUGCAACACAGAACUUUAUGCGCGCCAUGGCUGUCAGCCAUGCGAGGGUUCCUGUUGUCGGGAUGUACCCGUCCGCGAGGGUGGCGGAGAUAAUUGCUAUGGCGGAAAGGCAGGGUCGGGAGGUGGUUUGGGUGGAUGUUGGUGGUGGUGCGGGGCAUGUGUUGAGUUUGUGGAGGAAGAGGUAUCCGGGGCUGGGGAGAAGGGAGGGGUGGUGUGUGGUCCAGGAUUUGGAGGAGGUUGUGAAGGUUGCGGAAGGGAAGGCGAAGGGGGACGCUGCAAGGGAUGGGGUUGCGAAUGAGAUGGGCUUGGAGGGCGUGAGGUGGAUGAGUAUGGAUUUCCACUCUGAACCGCCCGUCAGGGGCGCCCUAAUCUACUACCUCCGUCACAUCCUCCGAGACUACUCCGACCCAGUCGCCACCACCAUCCUGCGCAACAUAGCCCUUGCCAUGGCCGGCGACGCCGACAGCCGGGUGCUGAUUGCCGAACAGCUCAACCCGGACGCGGGGGACGGCCCGCUCCCGCUGUACGCCGCCUUCAAGGACUAUUCCAUGCUGUCCGUUGGCGGCAAGGAGCGUUCCCGCGAGCAGUUUGCUGCUAUUGCUGAUGCUGCGGGGCUCAGAGUGUCGGGUUUGUACCGGGAUGAAGAAGGUGGGACGCUGCAUGCCAUUGUUGAGCUUGCGCUCAAGUGACUCAGAGGGUGUCCGGGGUGGGUACCGGUACGGAUAUUAUACACCCCGGGGUAAGGGGUGUGCGGUGCGGUGUGGUGUGCUACUAUGUUAGCACCGGGUGGAUUGAGGUUGGGCUUGAUACGUGUAGAUUCGAGAUGUUGAUAAAUUUCAAGAUGAUAAAGAGUAACCACGCUAUCUGGAUCAGGUAGAAGCAGGGGGAGUGUCUUGUCAUACUUCGCUGGCUGUUAGCUUGGAAAGAAAGCGUCCCGUUGAUCUAUACCUGAAAGUAUGGCAGACAACUGAGCUCGGAGCAGGCAGUGAUGUACCCAUGGACACUGGAUCACACUCGGAUGCACGCAACCUGAAGCGAUGUUUAUCCAAAAAGAUUCAAUGCAGUAACUAUGUACAGCGAAAU